ACGUUAUUCUGAACACAACAGCUCUGAGAUCUUCAAGCUCUACAGAACUUCUACAGAUUUGUUCUGUCGUUGUGAAGAAACAUCUUGAAGAAUGAGAAGCCUGAUGUGUGUGCUGUUCCUGGUGCUCUUCUGCUCUGUGCAGAUGACUUCAAGUGCUCCCCAUGCAAUUGUUGCACUAUCAAACUGCUGUGUAGAGUUCAAUAAUGUGAGGAUUCCUCUAAAGCAAGUGGUGUCUUACUUCUGGACCAGCAGCACCUGUGCCAAACGCGCUAUUGUGUUUAAGACAGUUGUUGGGAUAGAGAUCUGUGUAGAUCCAGAAACGACCUGGGUGAACCACCAUGUUGAUAAAGUGGACAAAAAAACAGCAACUGCAGCUGCUGCUGCGUCAACAAUCUCUCCUACAGCAAAGACUCAGAGCCUCACAAUCUAAAGGAAGCUACACUGUUUCUAUUUGAUCUCUGCAUUUCAUAUUGUAUA